AUGCUGAUGUUCACGGAACUGGACAGCUUCAUCAACAUUAUUGAAUAUGAAAGGCCGUUGCCUGCGCAGAAGGAAGUCAGGAUCAAGGGCAGUCUGCGUCUGGAUGUUGGGAUACUUACUUUUGAGUAUCAUUGCACUCAACUCACACAGAACUCCAACGAGAAAGUUGACAUGGCAGACUUUCCUAUUGGGACAAAUGGCACGCUCGAAGUUGAUUCCGUGUCGUGCACCCUUUACGGCGAAAAGGGCGCUCUGGACCCGUGCAGCCUCUUCCUCGAGCAGAUAGAAUUGUCUGCGAUUGUGACUCGCUCAGGGAGCACCCGGACGUCAAGGCCUGAUUGUCUGUGUGUGAUCAUGGUAUCUGAAGAAGCGCACCCUUCUCCCAAUUGCGAGGAUUCCAUAACCUUGUUCCGUUCUGCAUGCUGCGAUAUCUCCGCAGCUGGUCUGCCCCCUCGUUCCAAAUUGCGUCCUGCCCUUCGCCUUGCGCUGACAUGCGGCGCCCAUGAUAUGUCAUGCAUUCUGGGGAUCAUUGGACAGUCGGAUCCAUCCCCUGGAUUCUGUCAGAUCCCCAUGGACUAUUACUAUACUAUUGAAUAG